CGUUCUCCUUCUCCGCCCGGGCGGCCCGCGACGGUGGCGCAGGAGGUGGGACCGGCUGGCGGGAAGGCUCGGAGCGCCGGCGCACGCGGAGCGGGGACCACGGGGGUGGUAGGGCAGCUGAGCUAGAAGUUCCCGGCCAGGAGUCUCACGCCUGGGCAGCCCGGGCCUGGGGUCUGAGGUCGCAGCAGUGCGCCCGCAGCUGCGGUGGUCGCGGGGAAGCAGCUGUGUAAGAGAGCGGCUGGGAGGAACUGCAGCUGGACGGCAGUAGCCGGGGGAGCAGCCGCACCGGACACAGCUGUCCUGUGCGCGGGGACCCAGGGCCGCGCUCCCCUGGCUGAGCCGCAGCGGGAUGGCCCGCUGACCGCGGCCAUGCAGGCUUGAACGGACGCCCGGGGCGCGCAGGGGACAACCGCGGGCGCAGGCUGCAACACUCCGCCGCCGACUUCCCAGCCCAUCGGACAGCGAAGCCGCUUACCAUGGAGCCCGUGACCAAGUGGAGCCCCAGACAAGUGGUGGACUGGACUAGAGGGUUGGAUGACUGCCUGCAGCCUUACGUGCACACGUUUGAGCGGGAGAAGAUAGAUGGGGAACAGCUGCUGAAGAUCUCCCACCAGGACCUGGAGGAGCUGGGAGUCACACGGAUCGGACACCAGGAGUUGGUGCUGGAGGCUGUUGACCUCCUCUGUGCACUGAACUAUGGCCUUGAAACUGAUAACAUGAAGAACUUGGUUCUGAAACUGCGAGCGUCUUGCCACAAUUUGCAGAAUUACAUCAGUAGCCGGCGGAAGAGUCCAGCCUAUGAUGGGAACACGUCCCGCAAGCCCCCCAAUGAGUUCCUUACUUCUGUGGUGGAGCUCAUUGGCUCUGCCAAGGCCUUGCUGGCUUGGCUGGACCGGGCUCCGUUCACGGGGGUCACGGAUUUCUCCUUGACAAAGAACAAAAUCAUUCAGCUGUGCUUGGACCUGACCACGACUGUCCAGAAGGAUUGCCUUGUAGCAGAAAUGGAGGAUAAAGUUUUAAAUGUGGUCAAGGUUUUAAAUGGCAUCUGUGACAAAACAAUGCGUUCAACUACGGAUCCUGUUAUGAGCCAGUGUGCAUGCCUGGAGGAAGUUCACCUACCCAAUGUGAGACCUGGGGAAGGCCUGGGCAUGUACAUCAAGUCAACCUAUGACGGAUUGCAUGUGAUCACUGGAACCACAGAAAAUUCGCCUGCAGACAGAUCUCAGAAGAUUCACGCCGGUGAUGAAGUCAUUCAAGUGAAUCGACAGACUGUGGUCGGGUGGCAGUUGAAGAAUCUGGUGAGGAAGUUGAGAGAGAAUCCCACCGGCGUGGUGCUGCUGCUGAAGAAGAGGCCCUCGGGCGCUUUCAACUUCACUCCUGCGCCCUUGAAGAACCUGCGGUGGAAGCCGCCUCUCGUGCAGACCUCACCCCCGCCCACCACGACGCAGUCCCCAGAGAGCACCAUGGAUGCCUCCCUGAAGAAGGAGAAGCCAGCCAUCCUGGACCUUUACAUCCCUCCCCCACCUAGUGUUCCCUACUCGCCCAGGGAAGAGAACGGGAGUUUUGCCUGUGGAGGACUCAGUAAGAAUAAACAGCCAUUGUCCGGGCGCAAAGGUUCCGAGUCCCCUAACUCCUUCCUGGACCAGGAGAGCCAGAGACGCAGAUUCACCAUCACUGAUUCUGAUCAGCUGCCGGCGUAUUCGGUGGGAACCAGUGUUCUGCCCACCAAGCUGCGAGGGAAGACGCCAUCCUAUGGCAAGCCCCGGCCUCUGUCCAUGCCUGCAGACGCGAACUGGAUGGGGAUUGUGGACCCUUUUGCUAGACCUCGAGGUCAUGGGAGGAAAGGGGAAGACGCCCUCUGCCGGUACUUCAGUAAUGAGAGGCUUACACCCAUCGUAGAGGAAAGCUCUUCUGUCUACCGGUUCUCUAGACCUGCGACUGAGCGGCACCUGGUGCGAGGUGCGGACUACAUCCGGGGGAGCAGGUGCUUUAUCAACUCUGAUCUGCACAACAGCGCCACCAUUCCGUUCCAGGAGGAAGGGCACAAGAAGAAAUCAGCCUCCACAUCUGCCAAGGCGUCCUCCGCGGAGCCAUCACUCUUGGUUAGCUGGCUGACUCGCCUCAAGCUGUUGACUCACUGAGGCUGCUCCACCAGCCUCCUGCCUGUCUCCUGCUAGCAAGUGCCUUCUUCCUCAGUGGACAGCUUCUUCAGACUCCACCCACAGUGCUCCACAACCUUACGUCAUUCCAUUUUUUGUUUUUUUUUUAAGGUUGUAUACUGCCGAUCCUGGAACUUAGAAGUCAGCGGAGGGCAUCGAAUCCAGAGGAUCUUAGGUGCUGUUUGUGGAGGCAGAAGGAAGGACAGACACGGCACAGCCUGCUUAUUUUUGCCUCCCCAUUGUGGGACCAUGGCGACAUACUCUGUAAAUUGUGUGUUGGCCAAACAACUUAAUGUCAGGAAUUGGCAGCAUUUUUCACAUUUGUUUUCUUGGGCAGUGGGGACUAGAAUUGAUGGCUUUUGUUGCAUAGAUGUAUUGGUUUGUGGUCCAACUUCUGUUAUCUGAAAAAGCCGAAGGAGAAAAAUGUUUGUUUUGAUUUUUUAUUUUUUAAAGCUAUAGGCCAUAUUUAUAACUGGCAGUGUUCAUUGCAGGAUGGCGUGGUGUGUGUGUGAGGCUCUUUGGAGCAGGGCUUACCUGUGGAUCAGCUGUUACAGGUACUUGCCCCACCGUUUUCUGUAACAGCUUCCGAGUAGGCGCACCCAGACACAAACUCAGGAGCACGCUUUGGUGGGGCUCAGUAUAUGCAUAGAACUGUGUGCUUUUCGUGAGAGGUGUUGCAGUUAUAUGUGCUGGUUCAGCGAGGGAAAGAAGCUAUAAGAUUUGCUGAGAGCCAAAGUAUAUCAUUCAGGAAAACGAAGCAACAAGAUUUGGGGUUAUGAGACGUUGGUCAGUUUGCGUUACUGACCUGUUUUGAUGUCCAUCUUCUGUGGAGGCGGGGAAAGGCUACAGCCCUUCCCAGGUGUACAUGUUUUUGCUAAUUAGAAAUAUGUUGGAAAAGAAAGUCUCAUGGUCACUGAUUUUUCAACUAGCAUCAGGUAUUUUGAAAAUGUGUGUCUUCAUAUUAAUUCUUGUUUAAACCGAAUGUACAAUAUUUUGCUAGAAUGGAAAAAGUGCUAUCUUGUUAAUUUAAGUGUUUUAAAUAGAGUUGUAUAUUUUUCUUACUCUUAGUCGCACGUAAUUGAGAUGUUUCUGUUUUGCGUCAUACGUGAAACCCAAGAAAAGGAACAUUCAGAGUGUUUUCAGAUUUACAAGUGACCACUCUGGCCAUUGCCAGCAUGGACACUAAUAUUAAAAGCUGAAAUAAACCCUCCUGAGCAUUUUGAGAUUUUAUGAAUUUGUGGUAGUGGGGCUAAAGAAGCAGACAGAAAUGGAACUACAGAAAAGGAAUAUUCUA